AUGCCCUCAUCAGAAGAAAUAAAUAAAUUACUUACAACUAUAAUAAAAGAAUUAGAAGAUCAGCAUUCCGAACAGUUUGCAAGUUUUAAGUCAGAAUUAAUUCCCCCAGCAGAAAGGAGAAAAAACCUCCCCCUCAAAGUUAAAUCAUAUUUUCCCUUUACAAAGAAAGAAAAAUACGAAAUUAAAAAGGGUGAGUUAAUAAGUUUGAUAGAAUGGACGACUUGUCUUCAACAAUUAUUAAAUGAAAAAGACGGGGAAAUCACCAACCUAAAAAACGAAGCCGAAUCUAAUGGCAGUGGUUUUAAACAAUUAAAAAGUAGGUAUGACACUCUAAAAAAAAGUUUUGAUUGGUCUGAACAAGCCAGGGGAGAAUUGGAUAAAGAAAAUCGACAAUUAAAAGAUGAAAACGAGCGAUUAGAAGGAGAAAAUAGUUUACUAAAAUUUGAGAAUUCAACUUUGGGAAAAGGAAGAAAAGAUUCUGGUUAUGAGGAAGAUGAUGAUAGAAAGCAGUCUAAUAGUCAGAUAGAGGAGUUAAAGAGAAAAAAGCAGGAAUUAGAGGCCAAAAAUCAAGAAUUAGAACAGCAAUUAGCCGCCGCCAAUCCUUCAUCCACCGCAUAUUAUAAUAAACACCUCCUUGAUGAAAUUGAUGUUCUCCAAAAAGCCAAAAUAAGAGAUAAUGGAGAAAUUGCCGCUCUAAAACAAAAUUCACUUUUGAAAGAUGGCAAAAUUGGCCUAUUAAAAAAUCAAAAUCAAACUCUAACUACUAAGUUAAAUGAUGCUCUCCGAGAAAUAGAACAAUUAAAAAAACACACUUGCCCGACAGGGGAAGAUAGUUCAGUAGUAGACGGUUUACGCCAGCAAUUAGCAAAAGUCGAGCAAGAAAAAGCCCAGGUCAAACAAGAAUUAGAAACCGUCCAAGAUGACCGAGACAGAAUUAAGGAAGAAAGUGAUAGGCAAGCCGAAGAAGUGGGAAAAAAAGAAAGUCAAAUUGCUACUCUGAUUAAUGAAAAAAAUGAAAUUGAGGGAAAAUUGCAAAAUCUAACGAUUAAAAAAAACGAGUUAGAAACUAAUUUAGCCAAUGCCCAAAAUGAACUAUCAGCAAAGGAAAAAGAGAAGGAGGGUUUGAUAUCAAGUUUAGCCGCCGAAACCCAAGCCAAAAACGAGGCUCAAGCGAAAUUAAAUAACACCCGCGAGGAGUUAAAAAAUAAAACUGCGGAGGUAAAGCAAAUUCAAACGAAAAUUAACACUCUUGACAGUCAGUUAAAAGACACACUUCAAUCUUUGCAUGGUUUACAAGAAGAAAAUAAAGAAUUAUCAAAAAGGCCGCCAUUAGACGACUACAAUAAACUAAAAAACGCCUUAGCCCAAGCCCAAGAAGAUUUAAUUCUGGCCGAUAACCGCAUUGAUGAACUAAUUGCUGAACGGGAUGCCCGUCCGGAUAUUACCCAAACUGAAUAUGACAACCUAGUCCGAAAAGCCCAGCAGUUAGAUGCCGAACAAAAAAAAGUGGAACUUCUCCAAAACAAAGCCCACAGUCUCCAAGGCGAAUUGGCUACUGAAAAAGCCGCCCACUCCCAUACCCAAGGGCAGUUAACUAAUGCUAACCUCAAACUGGCUACCUAUGAAAAUUACCUAAAAAGUGAAUUAAAGAUAGUUGACUUAACUGACUUACCAACUCUACCGGCCGAACAAAGUUUAACCGAUUUAAUUGCUUUCUUUAACCUUCAUAGCCAGCAUGAUUGUUGCAACCCACUGCAUAGUGAUUAUGACAAUCUAAAAACCCGUUUAGAACAAGCCGAAGCCGACCGCGACCAAUUGGCAACUGAAACCGAAGAAGUGAAAAAUCUAAAAACCCGAAUUGAAAACGAUUAUCACAAAGAAAAGCAAACACGGGAAAAAGUGGAGCAAGAAAGAGAUAAUUAUCAGCAACAACUCAGUCAACAAGAAAAAGAAAUAAUUACCAAAUUUAUCACGGAAUUAAAAUUAGUUAAUUGUAAUGAAAAUAGUUCUCCGGAAAAAGUUAUUGAAGUCAUUCAACAGUUAUUAAUAAAACCUGAUAAUAAUUCAGAUACUCCGUUUGGUGAAAGUUUAGCCAAUAUUAAAAAAGUAGACCUCAAAAUGUUCCAAAAUCUUGGGAUAACCCCAUCCAAAGAAUUCAAAAAUGAUAUUGAAAAAGUGAAUAAUUACCAAGAAUUAGUAGAUUUGCGUCAACAAGAAAUUAAGGCUCACCUAGCCCAAGAAAAUAGUCGUUUCCAAACUGUUAAUCAAGAAAAAGGUCAAUUAAUUAACCGCCAAAAAAAUGAAAGAAUAAUUUUUAUUGCUCUCUUAAUAGUCGGAGCCAUCACAGCGACAUUUUUGAGUUGGCAAAUUAAGAAAACUCAAAACUCCAAUAAAAAGUAUCGCCGGGAACACCAGAGCAUUCAUCAACAAUUAGCCGAAUUGCGGCAAGAGAUGAGGGUUAUACUUUCCACCGUUCUUAAACGAGAAAAAUCACCUGCUGCGGAGAAUGGUUUGUCGGAAAAAGAAAUUGGGGAAAAGUUAGGAAUUAAACAAGUUGAUAAAUUAGAAUAUCUUUUAUUUCGCCAUAUCGAUUACUUUACUUUGGAUGAAUUAGUUGAUUAUGCUGGUGAAUUGUUUCCUUCUUUUCACUUAGCCAUUCAUGAAGAACCUUUUAUUCCG